AUGUCCACCCCUGUACUCUUUCCCUGGUCCUCCUUUGCGUCAGGACACGCUCCCAUAGAGCGCCUCCCUCCUGAACUGCUCUACGCCAUCGCGCUCUACCUCAUCGCCGGCGUCGCUGUCAGCACCUAUGGCAGCAGUAACACCGAUCACCCCUCUCACCGUCCCCCCCUCGGCCCGCCUGCAUCCCUCCUCAACAUCCUCCUUACCUCCCGCACUGUCCACGCCAAACUUGCCCCCGCUCUCCCGCUUCUCGCUGCGCGCACAUUCGAGCUCAGUUUUGAUGUGGGAGCAAUACGGAGGAGGUUGGGCACACACCGAGUUGACUCCGGGCGGGUUAAGCAGAAGGCGAGCAUGACACAGGCACGGUGGGAGACCCUCGGCCGCAUCAGGCGGCUGGAGUUCGGCAACAGCGCCAAGGUACACUGCGAGAGCUCGGUACUGAUACACGACCUUUGGACGGUGUAUCUCAUGCUCCUCGAGCAUGACAACGCAAAUCGUGCACAGCUCAUUAAACAUGCGCAGCUCCCGCGCUACCUCUGGCGCCUCAUCCGUGUCGGUUACGACGCCCGUGAGGCUCAGGAAAGCAACAGUGAUCCAGGGGCUGAGGGCCAGGGGGGAGUACUGCCAGGGUGGUCUGCGCACACAGAGGAGAACGUGGAACUGAUGAGUCUCGUAUCUUGGGCACUGUGGCUGACGACGACCGUGGAGGAGAUCGAGUGCAUGACGCACGAGACGCGGGCAAGCAUCAUCCGCCUCUUCGUCCCCUUCCUCGCGUUCGGCUUCCAGUAUCCCUCGCAUUUCUUCCCCGCAACCCACCUAUGCCUCCCCUUCUGCCCUCACUUAAUUCCAGCUUCCUGCUCUCCCCCCACACGUGCGAGUCUCUCGCCGUCCAGAUCCCCUCUCCUCCCGCCGCUUCGCACGCUCACCUAUGCAGGCCGUACCCUCGUACUCGCCGCUCCCCCGCUCGUGCCCGCAGCGACGCUUCUCGUGAGCUCAACGGUGCAAGCACAGAUGAAGGCGGGGCUGAGGGCCGAUCUCAGGAUGACGUCGGCGAGAGAGGGAGGGGAGGGGGGGAAUGGUGGACAAGGGGACGAGGGCGUGGGACAGCAAGGAGGAGAGCAAGACGAAGAGAACCCCCGUGCGCGCUCCCUCAAGCUCUGGCUUGACUCGCCAUCACUCGCGUUCGAUCCUUCUUCCAAAGACAAUGACGUCACGAUCGCGAGCACUGGCUCUUCCAAUAACAAAGAUGUUGACAAUGACGACGCUGAGGAUAUUGGAGAACCGAGCGAUCGACAUGACGAGGACUGGGGGCGCAUCGUCGGAUGCGGAGAUCCGUGGGGUUCUGUGUCGUCGACGGUAAGGGGACGGGUGUAUAGCCCGGGUGCUAUGUGUGGGACGUGGAGUGGGAUGCUCUCGUGCCCGGACCAGACCCAGGUCGCCCGUAUCGUCCACGCUCCCGAUUUAUCCAACAGCCCAGCUGAGCCCCAACCCGCACCAACAAAUAAUCAGCAUCAGCAACAGCAUGUAGCGCAACUUAGGCGACUCUCCCUUCCGCACCCACACCGUGUAGCACACCGCCCGCUGUUCGCGACGCUCCGCGAGUAUCAUUGUCUCGUGCCCGAUAUCCCACUGCGUGCGGGUAUCGGGGAGGAGGCGUUGAGAGCGUUCUUGCCUGCCGGAGUCGAAGGAGCGGUUGGAAUGCAAGGUGGACUCGGAGGUGGAGAUGGCCAAGGGGCUGAGGUGUGUGCAGUUUGGUUCAAUGGGUGGCAUCAGAGUCGCGAUGUGAUGGAGAUACGCGAUCCGGUCAAGGGGACGACACAUGUGUACUAUCGGUUUAGAGGUGGGGAAGGGGAAGGGGAAGGAGAUCUGCCCUAUUGCGCGAAAGGCAUGGAGAAGCUCAGGCAUGGGGAAGACAUCAGAAUUGAAAGCGACGAGGACAGCGAGGACAGCGAGGAAAAGAGAGGCGACGGUGAAGAGGCAGACGAUAGUAAAGAUGGCGAUGAAGACGACGCGACGGAGUUUGUCGAUCACGUCUCCAGCGGGGUCAACGAUAUCCUCAUUGUCGGGGAGACCGGCGGCGUGCACGGUACGGCUUGGGGCCAAUUUGGAUUCGUCGGGCGUGUACGCUCAUGGGACGGUUUGGUCGUGGUCGUGCGGUAUCCUCUUGACGCUCUCGCCAUGCACAUCGGUGCGCGCUGGGUAUUUCGCGGCUACGUCCACGCGGGCGACGUCUGGGCCGGGCGCUGGCGCGAGACGGCGACAGGCAUCGCGCACAUUGGGUUUGAAGGUGGAUUUGCGCUCGUGCGGGCGCGUUGA